CAUCGGCAGUCCGUGCGUCUGUGUUUGGCCGAGCAGCUCGGCAGUCUCUCCCUCGGCUCCGCGCGCGUCGCCGCAGCCGUCGCCGCUCCUCUCUUGCACGCACGACGUACUUAUAGACACGAACUCCUUUCGUCUCUUGUCUCAUCUUUCUUCUCGCAGGCCUCGCAGCCAGUGCAGCGGCAGUAGCAGUUGGCACGCGACAGAUAAUACUUUAUACGCGCGCACUGCGGAGGAGGCGAGGGAAUAGGAAAGGAAGAAGAAAGCCCGGAUCAUGAGGCUGCCGCCGCCGUCGCCGACGUUGCCACUGCCGUUGAUAAGAACCUGCGGAAACGUCUAACGAGUCUUGAACUAGCUGGCCCUCGGAGUCAUCGGGCCUUGCAGUGCACGUACAUAUACGUGCGAGCGAGAGCGCGAGUGUGUGUGCAGUGUGUACAUGCAGCAGCAGCAGCAGCAACUCGAGACGGAGACGCAGCUGCGCGUCCCACCGAGAGUUCAAUAGUGCUGUGCCAGUGUGUUUCAAGUGCGCGACGACGACGACGACGACGACGAGCACGACCAAGUUCGAGACUGGAGGUUAGGGGGCGACCAGCACUAUGUUCGAUGUACCGGGCAAGUUCUACGAGCUCUGCAGACUCUGCCUCUCGGCGGACGGUGUCAAACUGUCCAUCUUCGAGGAGGAGGGCACGCAGCGCAACUUCGCCGACAAGAUACUCACCUGCCUCUCCAUUGCGGUAAAAGAUGGUGACUCGCUGCCGCCCAUCAUCUGCCACAGGUGCGUCUACAAGCUCGACGUGCUGCACAACUUCCGGGAGGUCUCCCGCAAGUCGGACGUCAUACUCAAACAGUACCUGGACUACGCCAAGCAAUUCUCCCACGAGAACCUGGAAAAGUCACUCAGCACUGCCAAGUCGCCGAGCGAGCUGAGCUCGCUGCAGUCCUUCAUCCAGCUGAACAAGACCCUCUUCAACGACGAGGCCAACGGCAGCCCGGUGAGCAGCGUCACGACCCCGCCGCAGCAGGCCCGCAGCCACCAGACGACGCAGCCCCCGCCGGUCCAGUCGCACGUCCAGCGGAUCGUCCAGGAGGAGCCGAGCCUCGAGCAGGACGACAGCUGCUCCAACGACUCCGACCCGGACAGGCUCGAGAUCGAGGAGAGCGGCGGCGAGGACGCCGAGGAGAACGGCUACGACAUGAGCACCAACAAGAGGAGCAAGGUCGAGGGCAGCGCCGGCGACAGCCUCGACGGCCUCAUGAAGCAGGAGAACCGGGGGAGCAGCAGCAGCAGCAGCCCGCCGGCCGGCAACCCCAACGCCGCCAGCCCCAUCAACAGAAUGGACACGCCGGAGAGCAACUGCUCCGACACCCAGGUCGACCAGGAGACCACCAAGCUCUGGCAAGCGCUCGCGAGCAACCGCAACCUGGAGAUCACGCGGACAAACGGCGACAAGCCGAGCAACAACGGCUUCGCCGGCGAGGCGACGAACCUGCUGCGCUCGCUCAUCAACAACCGGCAGCUCUCGGGCGGCAUCGGCUCGGUCGAGGCUGCGGCCGCGGCCGCGGCGAUGGCGGCCGCGGCGGCCCCUCGGAUCCGCUUCUACCGGGAUACCCAGGGCGCGCCGACCCUCGUCACCCCGGCCGACUGCCAUCCAGCGGCCGCUGCCGUCCUCGGCAACCGUACCAACAUCGCUGCCAGGCUCGACACCAAGAGCGUCUCCAUGGACAGCAACCCGUCGAGCCCGGCGAGCGGAGGAGGCCGGAAGGAAACCAAAGGUCGCAGGAAGCAGAGUUACCCGAGCAAGGCGCCAACCAGUCCCAUCGAGUACCAGCACCACGACUCGAUGCUCGAGGAGCAGGCGCACGACUUCACGGCCUGGUCGCACAAGAUCAAGGGCAAGCUGCAGCAGGAUCAGAAGCCGGUUGCGAUGGACCAGAGCAUCGUGGUCGGUGGCAACGGCGGAAACAGCGGGGCCAAGAAGGUCGACAUGUCCUGCACAAACUGCGGCACCAUGACCACGACCAUUUGGAGGCGAAACAUGAAGGGCGAGAUGGUCUGCAACGCCUGUGGCCUCUACUACAAGCUGCACGGUGUCAACCGACCGGUCGCCAUGAGACGCGACACGAUACACACGCGAAGGCGUAGGCCCAAGGGCGAGAAGCCCACUAGGCAUCGAAAAAAAGGCGACGCCGCACUAGCAGCCCAGCAGCAGCAACAGCAGCAGCAACAACCCGAAGCCAUGGACGCGGAGAGCGCGGACAUGCUAGCGGCGCUGCGCCGGCAAAUUCAGCCGCACCUGAUGAUGGCCGCCCUGACGACGCCGCCGCAAGCGGCACGAGGAGGCGGCGUGCCUCCGGGAGUCCACGCUAGUCCGCUCGGCAACUCGCCUCUCAACUUCACCAUUCCCCUCAGCACUUUUAUGAUGCACCACGUAAAACAAGAGAACAAUGCCGACGACAUAGACGACGAGGGUGACGAGGAGAACGUUUCGGACGUGCCGCUGAACCUCGUCUCCACCUCCCUUGCCGAGGAGGCACACUGACACGCGCAACUCACCUAGACGAAUGGAAAAGCUCUCUAAGGACCGACAACUCGGUUCAAGACCUUACACACGACUCCUCUCUCUCUCUCUCUCUCUCUCUCUCUCUCUCUCUCUCUCUCCCUCUCUCUCUCUCUCGCCGCUUGGCUGCUGGAAACACGUAAAGAUCUCUAUUUUUUUACGUUGGUACAGAGAGCGCGAGGCAGAGGAGACGAGAAAUGAUAAUUAAGACAGAAAUCUAUUGAUAUUAUAAAAGUCACAGUAUUAAAAGUUGACAGAACGAUGAGCACGAGAGUGGAAGUCGAGCGAAGACCCAGGUGGUUAUUACACAAUUUGUACAUAGAUUUAAAACGUAUACGAGAGUAAGAGGUCGAUGAAUAUUUUUAUACAAAAUUUUCUAUGCGCUCGCGCGUCAGGAAAAUUCUUUUUUAGCAAGCAAGGCUCGAGCAGGUUAUAGCCGUGUACAUAAUAACGAAAAAGCGAGGCAGCCGCAGCCAAUUGAAGUUUUUUUAUAUAUACACACACAUACACAUAUAUAUAUACACUUGUAGAUAGAAGUCUUUAUCGACGAUAGGGUGAUCCAUCUGUUUUUUCUUUUUAUUAAUGCAAAGCGUAGUCUGUCUCUCUAAACCGUUAUUAUAAGCUUUCAUUACUUUCGCUGCAAGUCUCAACAAUCAGAAACUAGAGCGGUUUUUGGGCAUUUUAUUGUGAGCACUUUGUAUUGAAACGUGUUUUGAAUAGCAGAUUCGAAACAUGUUCGUUACGGAAGUUCAACAAAGUCGCGGCCGCUUCUUCUGUCGACAAGCAGCGAGACUGAACACUUACCAAUAACAAAAAUAACUCGUUGCCAGGAAUAUUACGUUUUUUUUUUAUAUUAUUUUAACUUAUGUAUCUUCAGAGCCCCUUUGCUGCCUUUCAUUGGCCUUUUUUAUCGUUUUUAUCAAUUUCAAUGAAAGAAACACGACAAGAUUAACUCAUUGCUCUCUGACUUAAGUAUAAUACUUAUCGCGAAAAUACUGUCAAAAGUAUUUUUUUAGCGCUUGUAUUUCGUAGUUAAUUCUUUUUUUAUAUUUUUGGCGGUAGCUUUUACGAGUAUUAUCUUACUUACGAUAUAAGUCAGCUAGUUUUCUCAAUCUCUCUCUACUUAUUAAUAGUUAUGUUUUUCGCGUAAUUUAAGCUUAAAAUAGCAUGACAAUAUAUGCAUUAGAGAUUUCGAGGAUUAACAGUAUAGUCGACUCGUAUAUAUUUAACUCGGUCAUCGGGCGAUUCGAAACAAAUAAACAUGAAAUUAAAGAAAAUAUCGGAGCUUUUAAGACUUGUGUACUUAAGGUUAAAGGGGGAGCUCAAUUGUGUGUUGUUCUCAUUCCCCGUCGUAAUACUCGUUCGUAGGGAUGUCGCCAUGAAAAUUUCCCGAAACUUCUGAUAAGCUCAGAAAAUCACGAAAUUCUCAAAAGGCAGUGAAGCAAUUUUAAAUUACGCAGUAUGAUUUUUUUUGGUUUUCUAAAUUAAAAACUGCAAAAAGUCACGUCGUAAUAGGAUUGAAAUCAAAUAAAAGACAGGACUUUCGCUUAGAAAUAAAUUAAUCAAUUAUAGUUUGUAGAGCGAAAUUCGAUUACGAGUCAUACUUUAAAAAUAAUUCGAUUGAUAUUAUUCAUGCGUAACCCUUCGAGAACUCGCAAGUCGCAGAAUCUUAUUACUACUGCUACUCGCACUAGCUUUGUUUCUCUUGAUUCAUCAAAAACCCUCGAAAGUCCAUAAAAUUGCAACUCGAGCACUGUCGAAACGGAUAUAUAUAUAUAUAUAUAAAGUAAGAAUCCACCAUUUAAUACUUUCGAUGUUAGUCAGAACAGGUGUUCGUAGAAAAGUUAACGAAACGCUUGAGAUAGCGCAUAAUAAACAUAAACAAAUAAACAAAUGGCCAGUGCAUCAAUGCAUAUGAUGCGCCUUGUAUUACAUAAACCUAAUGUACUUUGCCAAAAAUAGUUUUUAGUAUUCUGUAACAUAGAGCAUUACUUAGUUAAGAGUAUCAAAGUUCUCUCUUCUUCUCGCCUCUUCUUUAACCUGCUCUCGUCUGUAGUGAUAAAGUUCUACAACGUUUCUACUCGUUUCGACAGUGCCGAGAGACAAGACAGUGCGAGUAGUAUAGAGUCGAGUCGUCGGGAGCCGUGUGUAGUUCGUAGUCGUUAUCAAAAUGAGCCUUAUAAGCGUUUACACUUUACCUACUAGACGCACGCGAUCUAUUAACUUAUAAUAGUAUGUACAUUUUAGCAGCGUAUGAAUAAUCACACUGAUGUACGACGAGUAUGCCUGCGCUGCAAGUAGUCAAUGACCGAUGAGGCAUUUCACGCUCUCUUUCUCUUAUUUUUACCUUACUCUGUUUUUUUAUUCUACUUUAUACUUACAUAACGUGUGCGUAUAUUGUAUACUCGAGCCAAGCAUCAAAGCAUAAUUGUGAGGGAAAGGGAACGAGAUUAGAAAAUCGAAGCAAUAACGAUGCAUAUAUAAUUAUAUACUCCGCGCCUUUGCGAACUCUCCUUAUUUAUUUAACUUAUUGUUUCACGUAUUUACACCAAUUCUCGACGUCGUUGUCAUCUUAUACUUAAAAUACUCACGUUUCUUCUAUCGAUUAUUAUACACGAUUAUGAGAGUUCAGCAACUUUUGCGCUCGUGAUAAACUCGUACACGAAAUGAAGGCUAUACAUUUCAUCAAAGGCAUUGGACAGUCCUGCGAUUCUGUCGACACGCGUAGGCAUUUUUCGUUAAUCGAUUAAUCAACUAAUUAACGAAUUUCGAUGAAAAAUGAGACGAACCUGCAUCGUAUUCAUUUGUACAUAUAUAUGUAUAUAUAUAAAUAUAUAUAUACACAUGCGAAAAGAGACAAAUCACGCAUGAAUAACUCACAUUUGAGAACUAUUUGGUUCUGGAAGCUCUCUAUUACUCUAAUGCUGAGAAUAUUUUUCUAUAACCACUAUCGAUUAUAUAUACAUAUAUACACUAUACACACUAUAUAUUAUUCAUAAUUGACCGAGUAUUGCUAUUUUGUUAUUGAAGUAUAUGCGAUACGAUUAUUGCGAAUCGAGAUAAUGUAUUUUACCGAGGCGAUAAAAGUAACAUGGCAUUAAAGUAUGUGAACGACGACCCGUUAGUAGGGCCGUCGAGGAGGACACAAAGAAAGGGGCGCACGAGGCUUUUUUUCUAUUUUAUUAUAUUGCGCGUGACGAGUAGACGUUGCUCUCUCUCUCUCUCUCUCUCUCUCUCUCUCUCUCUCUCUCUCACUCACAUUCUGUCAGUAUUCCGAAUUCACGGUUUUAGAGGAUUUUUUAUUUUUCGUUCGUAUUAAUCAACGAACCUCUCUUCUCCCCCGUUAGUUUUGUAAUUUCCGCCCAAUGCUACUUAACAAAGACAGCGCUCUACUUAAUUAUCGUUAGUACUAGCAACUUCGAUUCUUUUGGGAUUUUGAAAGAGUUUUCGUAAUAAGGAGGAAAAGAGGAACGUACGUGUAUAAGCUUGGGCACCGUUUCCGUCCCGAGCGUCGAAAAAGCCUUGAGAACGAGAGACAAAGCGAAAUUAUUGUAUUUUUGUAGCGGCGAAAUUUGUUCUGCGAUAAAAAAAAUGAGAAACGAAAUAACCAGAGUAUUAUUUUUGUAACGAAAAGAAGUGAAACAAGCCAGAGGCAGCUAUAUUACGCAAAAUUUCAAGCGAGUAUUAUGAUAAUGAAAUUUGUAAAGGGUAGCAACAGAAGCGUAUUAUUAUUGUAUUAACUAUGACUAUUAUACAUGCGACAUCGUAUGGGCUCUCUAUUUUGUCCGUCUCGUGGGCCCGGCCCAGUAGCAGCUGUUGAGAUUAUUCAAGGUUGUGCGUAUCACUAUAAGUAUAUCGCGGGCGCGAAAACAAGAAGAAUUUUCCUCGCACCGCUUACCGCCUUCUCGGGAAUAGACAACACAGUGCCUUUUCGCAUUCGCGGGAAAAUCCUCGCGUGUGACAAAAGAUAAACAGUUCUCGUUGUGACAAGCGAAUAAAAGGUCAGUCCGCGAAAGCAUUACAAUUUUAUUCGCUCUUCUCUGUGCGCACUUUUCUAACGCACGUGCCGGGAAAGCGGGACGAGAUUUUCCUGUUUUCGCGGUGCGCGUAGAAAUGGGAAGCGGAGAGGCUCGGUUCUUUAUUCUCUUUCUUUUUAAAUGACACGCGCCAGUUUUUACCCAACUCAGCUCUGUACAUCGUAUUAUUUUUAUCACGGACAGACACAAAGACAGAAAUACGUUUUUCUGUUCGCAAAGAGCCCCUCGAGAAUAUUAUGACAACAUUCACGCAGACACGCAGGUUUACUUAAUUCAUGAUUUUACCUUAAUUUAUGUAUUGCACGUGUUUUUUUAAUCAUAGAUUAUUAUUAUUAUUUUUAAUCACUAUUCUUACGGUUAUUAUUACUCUUAUUAACGACUAGUUACUUUUAAAGCGGCGUCAUAGUGCAGCGCGCAUUGUAUCAAAAAUCCUCGGGUUUUCUGGCCCACGUUUGUUGAUUCCGGCGCGACUUAAUCUCUCCUUUUCUUUAUACGUAUAUCUGUAAAAAGGUCAAUCAUUUUUUCUAACAAGGGGAGGAAAAAAUUUCUCCCAACGGCACACACCACACACACUUUCUCUUCUUCCUUUUAAGCGCUGUAUUUAUUCGAGUUAUGUACGAGCGCGCGAACACAUAAGUACUGUAUGUGAUUGAUGAUCCGUUGGCGAAUUUUUUGUAUGAGCGUAUACGUAACAUUAUUAUUAUUAUUUUGUGCGGAAACCCGAGAAAAAAUCUGUUAAAGCUAUUGUCAGUUGCCAUGGACGGUUUCGAGAGCGAGUAAUCGGCCGUCCAGGCGUUUGAAAAUUCUUCAUUUUUUAAAUAAAGAAAAUGUUACAAAGAA